CAAUCUCAAAACAAAUCCUUCACUCCAUAAUAUUCAUUGCUUUUCUUUGUUUGUUCAAUCACGUUUCGUCUUAAAUAUCUUGCUAUUCUGUUCACUGCUUUAUGAAAUUUCCCAUCAGGGUUUCAUCACUAAUUUGUCUUUGUUGUUGCUCUCUUGGCUGAUGCAAUUGUUUCCACAGAUCCCACAAUAACUUUGACAAAGAUUUUUACGACAUUUUACAUAUUGUACUUCCUCCAAAUUUCUUCCGGUUUAUAUUCCUUUUCUCUGUUUAAUUUGUAAAUCAGAUCAUUGCAAUUGUUGAUCUUAAAUGGGGAAUUUCUAGUAAGCCUGAGUUAUCAAAAUUGCAGCAUUCAUGGACACUGAAGAUGACAUUAAUCUUCGUGUUGCCUCGUUUUCUUAUUACCUGGACACUGCUAAAGAUAACUUGGUACAAAGAAUUUCAGCUCAAGAGAAUCCGAUUUCCAUAAGCUCGGGAAGAUCUGCACCAGCCACUGCAAAGCCACGUUUUAAUACAAGAGAAAACUUUGUGUUUAAGAUGCCAGGGCCAGUCCAGGAUCCUAAAACUGCGUUUAGUUUCCCUCAGGAGCCUCCAUAUCCAAUGAAUUUUGAAAGAACUAAGUCUACAGAUGGUGAAAUCACAGUCUUUGGCGCUGAAAGGUACUUCAACAUCAAUUCUAAUUACGCAAAUGAGUUGAAAAUCAUUAGAGAGAGUAAGAACGAAAAACCAGUGAAUUUUCCCCGAGUACGAUCAGAUUCCAGUUCAGGACCUCAGAAUCUUUACUCUGAAACGAGCAGUUGGAACAGCCAUACUGCGCUCCAGCAGAAUGUGACAACGAGAAUUGAAUCUGAAAUGAAGCGAAAAAAGGCAACUGGAAGAAGAUUUUUUUCAGUUUUUCGUUGCCAGGGACCUUGUAUUGACAAGAAAGCUGUUCAUAUCAGUGAAAAUUUGACAGGAUCAAAAAGAUUUGAUCAUUUUGCAUUCCCAAUUCCCAAUCCAGAAGCAGAAAAAUUGUCUGUUAAGAAUCAGGUCGAGGAAGAAAUAAAAGUGGCUGCACCCCGAGAAUCCCUGGAAGUUUUCGGUUCAGGAACUGGCACAACGGGAGACAUAGCAAAAAACCUGGAGAGAAAAUUGUCCAUGUUAACCUGGGAUGCAAUCCCAAAAGGCCAAAAUCUUCCAACUUCUACCCUUGGAAGCAGCACAAUUUGUGACGAUUUGGCCAGUGAUGCCAGUUCUGAUCUCUUUGAAAUCGAGAACAUUUCUGGCGCUGUGUAUCCAUUGUUAACAACAGAUCAAAAUAUGUCGAUUUGCACGAGUCCCCCUACGCAGUAUGCCCCAAGCGAGGCCAGUAUCGAGUGGAGUGUUGUCACAGCCAGUGCUGCAGAUUACUCUUCGGUUAUUUCAGAUUAUGAUGAAAAGAGUGUUAGUGUUGCAGGUGAUAUUAUCUCAAGAAAUGCAACGAAAAAAAUAACCAAGAAUAUAGGGGGCAAAGAGACACAAAUAGGCAAACAUGGGGGACUUUUAGGAUGCAAGAAUCAUAAAGCGGUGGAUGUUGCUAAAACUACAUAUAAGACUAAUGAAAAGGCAAAGCAUCUAGGGUUGGAUUUGUCUGAUCUAGCUACAGGGAAAUCACAAGCCAAGAAU